GGGCUGUCCGCUGAGAGAGCCGCUCUCAGUGCGUCUCAGUCAAGUCAGUCAGUCAGUCAGUCACAGGGCGGGCGAUUCCUCCCCGCGGCCGAGCCCACCACCUCCACCUGCAUGCGGUGGGGGGGCCCCCACGGCGCUUGUGGAGGGAGACUGCGGUCUUUGACAGACGACCAACCUGAUGUGUUGGAGUGAACGUGCCGUGUGUUGAUGCUGUUGUGCAAUGCUGGCCUGUCUUCGAAGACCAGGUGAUCUCUCCCUGCAGCUCCUUUCUCACACGCAGAUGAACACUGGACUUCAGAAAUGGGAAAAUACACAGAAGAUGAGAUCAGCACAGCACCCAACCCCAGCAGAAUUGGACGCGUAUGCUAAGAAAGUUGCCAAUAAUCCACUGACUAUUAAAAUCUUCCCAAACAGCGUCAAGGUGCCACAGAGGAAGCAUCUCCGUCGCACGGUGAACGGAUUGGACACUUCAGGCCAGCGUUUCAGCCCAUACCCUACUCAGGCCAGCUCGAAUCGCGGUUUACUUGCAAUAGUCAAACUCCCCACGAAAAGAAUCGUGAAAGAUUUUGACGGAAGUCGGGCGCGAUUAUUGCCGGAGGUCGCCAUGAAUCCCCCUUCUUCUGCUCUCUACGCUGCACCCAGCACUUUAAGCCACCCCCAGUCAAACCCGCUGCUGCAACCAGGUUUACAUGGAUAUAGGAAGAUGCGUCCUGACGCGGACGCUCCACCCAACGUGACUGUGUCUACCUCAACCAUUCCACUCUCCAUGGCUGCUAACCCGCAGCAGAGCAGGCCGUCUGACUUGAACAGCAUCGUGCACCAGAUAUACCAGAUGUGCCAGGCCAGCGCCAGCCUUACCACUACCUCAGUCUGUGAGGGACAGAUUGCAAACCCCAGCCCCAUCAGCCGCAACGUGUUGAUCCACGCCAGCAGUAGGGUCUCUGGCCAUAGCGUCCAAGUCCCGCUCCCCACCUGCAUUGUAAACCCAGGAGACCCAACUGCAGCCAUGGCUGCCAUUGCUUCGGGUGGCCUCGCCAUGGGGAAUAUAAACAGGAUGCCGGUGGGUUACCAUAACGAUGUGGAUCCCGCGACGUGGCAUCAGCAUCAGUUAGCACAAUUACAGCACCUGACCAGAGAUGCUGCCAUUGCAGGACUCCCCAAUAAACUCCCCCGAGAGGUUCCCGGGUCCGGAUUUACCAGCAAGACAUUGAAUUACCCCGCAGAGCUGUGCUUGGGCCAGCCUUUCACCCUGAAGCCUCCAGGGGAUAAGUUGUCUCCCUCGCCCCCAAUCAACGGAAUGCAAGGCGGCCUCGCUUACUCAAACGGGCAGUACUUUCAACCGGUCUGGAACAACAUCCUGCCAACCCCCAACAGCGACAGCUCUGGUUCUCAGGACCUGGGCAUGGUGUUUCACGGAGGUCCAUCAGUCCAGGUGGAUUGCAUAGCAGGGACUCACUUCCGAGCUGGUUCCUCCGGCCAGACAAACAUGCUGCAGACCAUGGAUUACCUGGGUGGGGACUACCAAAACUCCUGCUUUAGGGAUCAAACUAUGGGGAUGAUGGGGAAGGUCCACCGGCCCCCCAUCAGCCGAGGCCCAGAACCAAAUGUUAAUCAAAAUAGUCAUAUCCACCAUCCCGUGUAUAGAUGAGCCAUGUCGACCCAACGGUGCUCUCGUUCGUCUUAAUAGCAACUGGGUAAUGUUCCUGUGCGAGUGCUUUUGAACGCUAAACUUGUCUGUCAGUGUCUGACAUUUUCUUUUAAGGAAGGAAGGCAGGCAGGCUGCG